ACCAUUUUACAAUUUUUGGUGCCAACGCACCCUUUUCUGAAUAUUAUUUUUUGCUAAAGUUUUGAAAUCAACCAUUUUUGAAAAUCAGUUUCAACCCCAUGUUACUCAUUUUCUCAUUAUAAAAAUUAGAGCUUUUUGAAGAAUAGUGUCAUACUCAUAUGAUGAAUGAACAAACUUUGGAAAAUACCCUUAUGGAGGUGAGGGAAAAUUUCAUGCUUUCACCUGCUGGAGACAGUGAACCAACUUUCAGAACUGCACAUUUUCUCAAACCAAUUUCAAACACCAUUGAUGAACCAUCUUUUGAGCUUAACCCAUCAUUUUCUUCUUUUGAAUUUGAACCAAAGGAAUGGCCUUUGAAAAUGCAUUGCAAUGGGUGGCGCCAACCACAAGAGAAAUGGGUUUGUUGGGUUGAUGAGCUCAAACAAAAGUAUGAAUCAGUGUGGAAAAAAGCUGGAAUAUUUGAAGCUAUAAUGAGUACUAAGUGCAAAGUACUUAGAAAUAAAAACUUGCUAUUUGGGGUUGUUGAGAAAUGGUGUUCUGAAACUAACACCUUUGUGUUUUCCUUUGGUGAAGCAACAAUCACUUUGGAGGAUGUUAUGGUUUUGGGUGGUUACCCUAUUCUUGGUGAACCUGUUUUCGCUGAAAUUAAAGACCAAGAAAUGAAAGAGGUGAAGAAGAAAUUGAUCCUUGCAAGACAAGAACCUUGGAAGACUAGAAAAAGUAAGGCUUCAACUUCAAAGUGGAUGGAUAUUUUCAUUAAUAAAGGUAGUGAAAUUGAACAUGAAGCAUUUCUUGCUGCUUGGUUGUCAAUUUUUGUUUUUCCUCAUAAAAUUAAUUUGGUGAAAAGUUCUUUGUUUCAUAUUGCUAUUCAUCUUGCUAGAGGGAAUCAAUUUGCUUUGGCACCAGCUGUUUUGGCCAGCUUAUAUAAGGAUUUAAGUUUGUUUAAGGAAACUGUUGUUGGUUUGAAAAAAAUGUUCAUUGGGAGGUGAUAGAAUUCCCAUGGA